AUGGACAUCGUGGAGAGGGUCCUCUCCGUGGCCCAGGCCAUCCAUGCCCAAUUCGAGCAGGUCAAGUGCUGUAAGCACCAGUGCCAGCGCCUUGUGGAGCGCAUCCAGAUCCUGCUGGAGCCCGUGAGGAUCCUCAAGGCUCAGCCGCCAAAGCACAUCUCCCACCACGAAGAGGAACUGCUGAAGAAGCUGCUCCGGGUGCUGGGGGAAGCCCAGAGACUGGUGAUGAAAUACAGCCAGACCAGCUGGAUUCAGAAGUUCCUGAGAGCCCGCAGCACUGGCGAGGAGUUCAUCUGGGUGAACGAGAGCCUGGAGGACAUCGCCCAGGGGCUCUCACUCCUGCUGCAGGCGGAGCAGAAGCAGGCUUUCCUGGAGGUUUUCCAGGCAAAGACAUGUCGCAGGCAGGAUGCCGAGGACCUGAGGGAUGACAGGGCUUUCUUGGACCAGGUGAUCGCAAGUACUGAGGAGCCCGAAGACAUGGCCAGGGAGAUCUACAUCGACAGGCAAUAUAUGGAGAGCAAGGUAGACUGGAUGCAAAGCGAGCUGAACAAAGUCGUGCGUGUGAUGGAGUGCCUGAAGAAGGUCAACGUUGGUAAAAGAGAAGAUAUCACCGAGAUCGAGCGGGACCACCUCACCUUCUACAGGCACCUGCAGGACACCGAGAGCUACGACCUCUACAAGGGCGAGUACCUCAAGUACCCCGUCGCCAUCAAAACCUUCAAGAGGCCGCUGACAACCGACUCGGCGAAGGUGAGAGACAUCUUCGAGAAGGAGGUUCAGACCCUGAAGAAGUUUGAGUCUCCAAACAUCCUGCGCAUGUACGGGAUCUGCAUUGAGGAGAAAGAUGGGAGCCCCUGCUUCUCCAUCGUCAUGGAGUACUGUAAGCACGGGACGCUGCGGGAUGUGCUGACCAAGCAACAGCAUCUCUCCUGGGAUGUCCGCAUUCGGAUGGCCCUGGGAGCCGCCAGAGGCCUUUACAGGGUGCACCAGACAGAGGAGAAGUCCCGACUCCACGGCUGCAUCUGCAGUAGCAAGUUCCUGGUGGCUGGGGAUUACUGCGUGAAGCUGUCGGGAUUUGAGCUGUGUGAAACAGAAUCAUCCAUCAAGAGGAAACACAAGAAAAACUGGAAACAAGUCUCUAUGUUGGCUUACGUCGCCCCUGAGAACAUGAAAGAUAGCAACUACCCCUACAAGAGGCCCUGUGAAAUAUACAGCUUCGGGAUCGUGCUGUGGGAGAUUGCGACCUCCAAAAUCCCAUUUGAAGGCUGCACUCCCCAGGAGAUCAUGGAGAAAGUCUGCAACCACCAUUACCGGGACCCUGUUGGGGAAGAUUGUCCUGAAGACCUGCAGAAAGUCAUUGACCAGUGCCCCUUUGACCCUUCCCAACGCCCUUCUGCCGAGGAGAUUGUGGACCUGCUGGCUGACCUGGAGAAAAGCAGAAACCAAGGAAGUUAA